GCCGACAUAUAUCGUGAAAAUGGCCGUCCAAGAGUUAGAGGAAGCGCCGUCAAUGAAUUUGGGGCAGUCGAUUACCCAAAAGCUGUCGGAUAUGAUAGAAGGCAUGGAUUUGCCGACUGUACUACAGAAGAUGGCGGAUAUCACACCUGAUGAUGAAGAGUCCGAAGCAGCCAGGGAUAAGCUGAUGAGCAUACUUCAGAAGCUUGAUGACAUGUCAGACGAGGAGAGGGAAUCGUUCACGAGACAGGUCAAGGAUGGUUUAACAACAAGGUUGGCAGCGAAACUGCAAGAUCCUGACUUCUUUGAUUCACAAGGAUUUGAAGAUGCUCUUAAAGAAGCUGUGAUUAAUAGGCUGCUAUUGGUGGGAGCUGUAGGUCUUGUACUGAUCAUCCUACUUGUCUUCUUCGGCUACAAACUCUACAAAUCUAUAAAAGAGAAGGAGAGAAAGAAAGAAGAUAAAAAGAAAGCUAAGCAAUUGAAGAAGAAGAAAUGACCGGCACGCUGUCAACGGACGCACGGAUAGAUGACGAUAAGCUUAUAUCUUGGAAGUUGGUUUAAUAUAUUAAGAAUAUAAUAAUAAAGUCCACAUUGAGUACAAACUUAGUAGUAAAAAUGCCAUUCAUAAAUUAUGGUCUACUAAGGGUGAGAUUGUUUUCUUUUUUUGAGGAUAACUAUAAUAUUCAAUAAUGAGGUUCACUACAGUAAUUAAAAACGAUCAAUAAUUGUCUAUUGAAAGUAAUGAUUAAAAUACAAUGUUUAAGUUAACAGAUAUAGUUUUACUUAUCGAUAAAUUAGUUGAUAAUACCAUCAAUCACAAUGCUAUCUCAUAAUUAUCAUUUCUCUGAUUGUGAAGCAACUGAAAUUAUAAGUAGUUCUCAAUUGUAUAAAUUCAGAUUUCAUAAUCAAUAUUCAGUAUCAGUGUUGCCAUAUGUAUGUCAGGUUUUCGGACUAAAAAUAAUUUAAAAUAGUAAAUUGGCCGUAAUACUAAUUUUAAAAUUGCCCAAUGAUAUUGAAGUAGAUAUCUAAUUGAUAAUAAAAUACUAAACCUUAUGUUUAAGGUCAUUACAUUUAUAUUCUUACUUCACAUUAGAAUUAGGCAGGAUGGUAUGGUACAGUUACAUUAGUACUUUGUCAUAAUAACAGUAUGAAUCAUUCCUAAACAUUUUUUCAUUAGAUUGCUAUUGUGACAAGGCGUUUUAUAAGGUAUAAGCUUAUCC